CUUCCCGCGUAUGUCAUUUGCUGUGUUGCACUUUUUUCAACCGUAAUUCGUGCAGGGACACGUGUGAAAACUUUGAAAACGAGUGGCUUGUAGAGUCAGCAUAAGCUGUGAUAAAAGCCCUAAUUAUUUGAAGUGCUAAGUGCUGAAACAAAGGAAUUUUUUCAUCUGUUUUGUGUAGGCUGAGCUAUUAAGCAAGAGAGCUGCACAAUAGAGCUUGCCGGUGGAUCGGUGUAAAGCUAAAGCGGGAUUCUUCAAUAGUAACGCCAUUUUGGAGAAGAAAUUGGAAUCAUUUGUACUAUCAACGCUAUUGUUCAUCAUUCGUGGAAGCCGAGCGGAGUCAGCUGGUGAUUGUUUGGGUUCAGUGGUGACUUGGUGAGACGGCUUCUGCUGAGACGGAUUCUGGUGAGAAGGAUUUCGGUGAGACGCAUUCUGGUUAGACGAAUUCUGUGACUCGACCUCUUUCGAUUGCACAAUUAUAAUGGCCAAUGUAAAUGGAAAUAUUAUUGGUUCCAUGGAACCCUAUGUUCCGGGAACAGUGUUCAGUCAGUAUGCCGAGCGAUUUGAACAUUUUUUCGAAUUUAAUCAAACCCCUGAUGACCGAAAAAGGUCUCUUUUUAUUACAUUGAGCGGUCCUGUAAUUUUUAGUGAGCUCAAAUUGCUGUUUCCGGGUCAAAAUUUGAAUACGGUAACCUAUACGGAUAUGAUUGCUCGUCUCAAAUCUAGAUUCGAUAAAGAGGAUACUGACGUAGUGCAGUGCUUCAAAUUAGAAUCUAGAAUACAGACAGAAGAUGAAACGGUUGAAAGCUUUAUUUUAGAUUUGAAAUUAAUAGCUUCGCAGUGUGACUUGGGCGAUUAUAAAGAUAAGGCAAUACGAAACAGAAUUUUAGUGGGAAUCAGGGACAAGGAAUUACAACGAGAGUUAUUAAAACAGGAUCGCUUAACAUUGCAAACUGCUGAACGCAUAGUUACCCAAUGGGAAUUGGCUUCAAACAGAGCAAAAAUUUUAAGUAACAACAAUCCAGAAAAUUCUUAUGUGGGAUCAGUAAGAGAGAGGUUGGGAAGAAGGGCUUAUCACGGUGGCAAUCGAUUCCAAUCAACUCCGAGAAGAGAUGCAGACUAUCGUAGCCGCAGUAGGAGUCGUGGAGAACAGAGGGGCAGGAGAGUUUCUUUCGGAGAAAGAAGCAAUGAGAACCGCUACUCCAAUCUAAUUUGCAACCGCUGUGGGCAGAAAGGACACAUUAAAAGGCAGUGUAGCGUCUCCUUUAACAACAGACCGGGUACCAGCAGAACAGAUCGUGUUCAAAGUGUGGCUGUUCCAGCUCCUUCACGAACCACUAUGGGUAAAAUUAAUCAGGCGCUGACCAGACUUAGAGUUGAGUUGAGUGAGGACUCUGAAGAGGACGAUUCAUCACCAGGUGACGUGUGGAAACGUGACUACCAACGUGCACCGAGACCAGAUAAAGAUUGCGAGUAGAGAGUUAACGCGGCCCAAUAUUAUGGUACCAAUCGUUUCCAAUAAAAGAAAAAGAGCACCUUCGAUCGAUGAAGAAGAAGACUUAGAAGGUUUUGAUAAUGAAAUAAAAUUAGGAAGCGAUCAAAUCGGAAAAUUUAAUGAAAAUGGCUCUAAAAUGGAGAUUGUAAGGAGGUCAGCUAGAAUAAAACAUAAAAAAAUAGCUUUAGAUAAAAACUGAAUUAUAAAAGAAUUAAACAUGAAUUAGAUACAAAUUAUUUUAAGUUAUUCUAUGUAAGUAAGUUUUUAAAAGGGAAGAAUUGUAAUAUCUUUCGACGUUGACGUCCAAACCCCUUUCGCUGAGUUAAUCUAUGCAAGAGAGAAUCACUCUUUCUCUCUCUGUGUUUACAUUGUAACUCAGAC